AUGGUGCAGAAUGGAAAUGAUACCCAUGGUGAACACAAGAGAUUUCAGAAUGAACAAUUUGAGUUGGAUAUGGAAGAGGCCAUUCAAAAGGCAGAAGAAAAUAAGAGAUUGAGGAAACUCCAGCUUGAACAAGAAGAAAAAUUGGCUAUGGAACUAGCAAAACUAAAACAUGAAAGUCUAAAGGAUGAAAAGAUGAGACAACAAGUAAGAGAAAACAGUAUCGAGCUCAGAGAAUUAGAGAAAAAGUUAAAAGCAGCUUACAUGAAUAAAGAAAGGGCAGCUCAGAUUGGAAAAGAUGCCAUUAAAUAUGAGCAAAUGAAACGUGAUGCUGAAAUAGCCAAAACCAUGAUGGAAGAACAGGAGCGAGUAAUAAAGGAAGAGAGUGCCGCCGAAGACAAACGGAACGAAGUGAAGGCACAAAACUAUUUUGACUUAGAGAAACAAGUUGAAGAGCCAGAGAGAAAAAAGCAAGAAACUUAUGAACAGUUGUUGAAAGAAAAACUCAUGAUUGAUGAAAUUGUUAGGAAAAUCUAUGAAGAAGAUCAACUAGAAAAACAACACAAAUUAGAAAAAAUGAAUGCCACUCGAAGGUAUAUAGAAGAGUUUCAGAAAGAGCAGGCUCUCUGGAGAAAGAAGAAACGUGAGGAGAUGGAAGAAGAAAACAGAAAAAUCAUAGAAUUUGCCCACAUACAGCAGCAAAGAGAAGAAAAUCGGAUGGCAAAAAUUCAAGAAAAUGAAGAAAAAAGACGCCAGCUUCAGGAUGCGCUGGCUCAGAAAUUGGAAGAAAUGCUGCGGCAACGUGACGAUCUGGAACAAGUACGACAGGAAUUAUAUCAGGAGGAACAAGCUGAGUUACACGCCAGAAAACUAAAAGUAAGUUUCAGAAAUUGAAAGAAUUAUUAACAGAGAGAAGAAUAUAAUUUUAGACAAAGCAGUAGAAAGACAGUACAUAGACUUAAACCCAGCCAUGGUGAUAUUUCCUCUAUACAUAAAUGGUGUAAACAUUACAGUUAAAAGACAGAUUUUUAAAGCUAAAAAUCUAGACCCAG